AUGGCCAUACUUCAAGUUGCUAAUGUGCUUCUUCUCCUCGCAUCACUCUUCUCCUUACCUGCAUUGCACGCCGUCGAUUUCCAGUACUGCAACGAAAUCUUUUCGACUGAUGGAGACAUUGGAUACAAAUACGGCAACAUCAGUCGCGUCGAGAUCUAUCCGAACCCGGUUGGGCCUCAAGAUGACCUAGCCUUUUGGAUAUUAGGUUCUUCAAAUAGUGAAAGCAGUAGAAUUGAAAUAGGGCUUGUAUCAGUAAGAGACGCCGAUGGACCUCUAAGACUGUACACCUUUGAAGAAACCGGUGUAGGGCCUGCAGGCUCAACUAUUAUUGAACCUGGCACAACCUUUGCGUUGACUCUUCUCAAAGUUCCUCAUCGUAGACCCGAGGUAACUCUCCCAACACUUUGA